GACAAGGUGUAACUAUUGGUGCAGGUGAUCCUGAUCCCUCAGUCUUCAGGAGUUCCUGGAAACCCAGUUAGGGAGCACUGAGAGUGAAAGAAACCAGCUAUACAACUGCGACCAGCUUCCUAGCCCGAGCCAUGGUGCGGGGACGCCAGCACCAGACGGGGGGCAGGGGAGAGUGCAGCGGUCCAGGCUGGAGAGGGCGAGGAGAAAGAUGGCAGAGCACAUUCCCAGGGAGAGGCAGGCAUUGAGGAGCUCACACGUGGCCGUGCCGAAGACCCAGUGGAAACCCAGGCAGAGGUAGAUGCGAACAGAGUUAUAAAGUAGGACGUGAGCAGGUAGGGCACCAUGGACCAAGGCAACAUGACUCUCCCACCAACCACAGGGGCAAAUUCCAGCCAGACCCCAGCAGCUGUGUGUGCCUCACACCUGGCUGCAGCCGUAUUGCUCUUCCCCACCUUCCUGGUGGGUGUGGUGGGGAACGGGCUGUACCUGUGGGUGCUGAGGCUGAAGAUGAGGAUGACGGUGACCAUGCUCUGGUUCCUUCACCUGAUCUCCUGCUACCUUCUCUUCACCCUGCUGAUCCCCUUCUUUGCCGUCUAUGUUCUCCUGGGUUUCCACUGGGUCUUUGGCACAGUCAUGUGCAAAUUCCUCGACACCUGCAUCUCUCUGGGCAUGUUCACCUCUGUCUUCCUUCUCACGCUCAUCAGCCUGGACCGCUACACCAUCACUCACCAUCCCAUCUGGUGCCGGCAUCACCACAAUGUGCUCCGAGCUCAGAGGCUGGUUGCGGGUGUGUGGCUGGCCUCCUUCAGUCUCAGCACUCCCUACCUGGCUUUCCGGGAGACCUGGAUGUUGGAUGGGGGCAGAAUCAUCUGCAUUAACAAUUACGCCCUCUCCAGAGACUGGAACAGAGCCGAGCCACAGGAGCUGGGGAGACGGGUCCACCUGGCCAUCUUCAUGGUCCGGUUCCUGCUAGGCUUCUUUCUCCCCUUCUGCACCAUCGUGGGAUGCUGUGGCCUGGUGGGGCUGAAGAUGAAGGAGAAGAAGCUGGCGUGGACAGGGAAGCCCUUCAAAGUCAUGGUGGCCGCGGUGUUUUCCUUCUUUCUCAGUUGGCUGCCCUACCACCUCUACCAGAGCUUGAAGCUCUACAGGAAGGAGGUGCCAGAGUCAGCGAUUGGUGCCUUCUUGGUCAUUUACACCUUCACGACCUGCUUCACUCCCAUUCUCUACCUCUUUGUGGGGGAGAAGUUCUGGCAGGUCUUCAGGACGUCUCUUCUCACUCUGGUCAAAGCGGCUUUUGUUGACGAUCUUAGCAGCAGUGCCCCCAAGUAUAGCAGAAGACAUGGGUCUGAAUUUGAGACCACAAAAACAGGAGAUGGCCUGAAGAUGGCCAGGUUCAGGGAGAGUUGAACAUUUGGUAUCCCAUUUCUUUCUAGGUUCCUCAUGGUUCUAAAAUCUGAUGGGUUCCAGGUACCUCACUUUUUAUAAACCCUGCAGUCUCCCUGAAUUCUAGAUUCCCGGCUCUCUCCAGAAUCCCAUACAUUCUAGGUCUCUCAUUUUUUUCGUACUCAAUGGCCCGUCAAUGGCACCAAACCAGUAGACAGCUCCAGAAUCUUGUUUGGUUUUGAUCUCUCAAUGUGUUCUCACCUAAGUGACUCCCUUGGAUUCUGCAUCACUAGCAGGCUCUGGAAUCUCAUUUAUUAUAAGCCUCUCAGUGGGUUCAUACUCAAAGUCCAUGGGUUCUAGAUUCCUGACUGGACCAAAGACAUCACUGGAUUCUAGAGUGUUUUCAACCCACAUAGAAUCCAACAAGUUCCAGAUUCUUGCUAAAAGUUUCAUCCUGGUUCUAGAUUUCCAAAUGCUUUAAAAUCCAUUAGAUGUAGUAUAUUAUAGAAGAGUCUGUGUAUUAUAAUAGAGAUAUCUAGCUUGUCUAGCUUCUCUAGUGCUUGUCAUCAGUAGAUCUCAAAGAACUUUACCAAGAAGGUCAUUAGCAGUCUUCCAGUUUUUACAAAUGGAGAAACUGAGGCACGGUGUGGGGCAGUGACUUGGCCAAGGUCACUCAGUAGAACUUUCAGUCUGGCCAGUGGCCGAACCGGGAACAAACCCAGGUCUCCUGCAUCCCAGCCCAGGUCUCUAUCCAUUGCAUUUCCUUAGAUUGUGAGCUCUCUGGGACACCACCUGUCUUUUUGUUCUGUGUUUGUACAGCACCUAGCACAGUGGGGCCUUGGGCCAGGACUGGGGCUCCAAGAACCACCUGAAAUAAAAUAUAAUAAGGAAUAAUCAUUCCCAGGCUUUUCUUGAACUACAUAGAUUCUGUAAGGCUUGUGUGGUGCCUCUGAAAUAUUUUAUAACCACCGUGUGACCCAAUCACUGGGAUAUUUAGUGUGUGGAGGCUCUGGUUUAGUUUAAGAGCGGCCAGUAAGGAAAACAAGCCAGCACAACAAAGAGCGACUCCAGAGAAACCACCUGCCCAUGAACACUUCAGGGUGGUGAAGAGGUAAUGUCCAAGUAACCAAGAAGAUCCCACCUGCCAGCUCUAGCCAAGUUACAAAACCUUGGCCAAGGCUCAGGGCUAGCAGAUGAAAAGGACGAUAAAGACUUCAGAAGACCCUCUUGGUGGAUUCUCCAUCUCCAGUAAUUUUUAAGGCAGGAUUGGGUGCUUUUCAAAGAGGUCUGACUCUAGUUCAAUCAGGGACUAAUUCAGGGAUGUUCUGCAGGAAGUCAGAGUAGGGGACCACCAUGCUCCAUCUGGCCUUGGAAUCUCUGAUUCUUGCCAGAGGUGAGGCAGAUGCUGUUGGGGUGCU